AUGGCCAACAGGGAAACAAACGCCGACACUGCGGUGCAAGUCUCAGACGACAACCAGCAGGCGGAGGUGGAGGUGAGGGAAGGGUCACAGUCUGUCAUCCUGCCCUGCAACACAACACCUGACCUGCCUGAGGACACCACAGUGGAGUGGACUCGCUCUGACCUCGGACUCAUCACAGUCCAUGAGUAUUCUAACAGAAAUGAUGACCUUAUGACUCAGGACGAAGUUUACAGAGACCGAACGAAGAUGAGUGAAGACCCACUGAGAACUGGAGACCUCAGUCUGACCCUGAAACACCCCACAGAGAGAGACACGGGACGAUACAUCUGCACCAUCUACAGGGACAAAGACAUCCUGACACAGAAAGUAGUGCUGCAGGUCAAAGAACCAUUUCCAUCCUGGUCCAAAGUUUUAGUGGGUUUCCUGGUUCUCCUGGUUGUUCUUGGGUUUUCUGGAGGUCUUUUUUUUCAUUUGCGGCAGUAUUUCAUGUCAGUUUACAAGGUGGUGGUGGAUUCAGGGGAGGAAUCUGUCCGACUGCCAUGCAAAGCUAUGGUCAGAUUACCCAACGAUGCUAAAGUUGAGUGGACGGACAAUUCCAUUUCCAACAGGAAGGUCCACGUGUCUGACCAGGUUGGAGGACAGGACAAGGUUUAUAAAGACCGAACAGAGAUGAAGAGGAACCUGCUGAAACCUGGAGACUUCAGUCUGACCCUGAAAUACCCCACAGACAAAGACACAAACAUCUACACCUGCUCCGUCUACAGCCACGAAGGAAAUCGACUAAUCAUGAGCAAGAAAGUGGAGCUCAUUGUCAAAGUCCCCCAGGUGGAGGUGGUGGAUUCAGGUGUACAGUCUGUCCAGCUGCCCUGCAAAGCCACAGUUAAUCUGCCUGAAGACGCUAAAGUGGAGUGGACGGACAGCUCACACAGGAAGGUUCACAUAUGGCAGAACAGACCUGGCAACCUUGAAGAACAGUUUGUGUUUUACAAAGAUCGAACACAGAUGACUAACAACCCGCUGACAACUGGAGACCUCAUUCUGACCCUGACAUACCCCACUGACUGGGAUGGAAAGACCUACACCUGCACCGUCUUCAACGGACAGGGAAACACCCUGAUGAAGAAACAGGUGGAGCUUAAAGUCAGAG